ACACACACAGUGUCACAGCCACAGGACACAGGGCCCCGGCGAGCUAUGAAUAGUUACCGAAAGCAUGAUUUGACCAAUAAAUUCAUGUUUAUCAGACAUUAGUUCAUUUAGUUUUAAGCUGUUCAAAUAUUCUCCCCCCCCCCAACAAAUGCUUUCACCACUCAGUCAUAUUCAUAGCAAACCACGCACAAUCAAUGUGUCAUCAACGGUGAUUUAACUCCUGUAUAAUUCCAAUUAAUCUAUCACAAAAUUGUGAAUAUCCCUAUUGAAUAUGUGUGUAUUAGAAUUGCAUGCGUCAGUUAUCGCAUUGGCCUUUUUGCGAGUAAGUGCUUGUUCAAGUCAGUAAAAAAAAAUUGAAAGUUUACCUGAUCUAACUGUUCUUUAAGACCAUUUAGCUGUGGAAUCGGAAGCUGCAUUAGGUCCACUUGCUGUCCUCCUUCAGACAUGGUUACUUCUUUGAUCGCAACUCGUAAAAAAAACUGUAACACUAAGUCAGUACCAAAGUGACUGAAACUGAAAGUGAAACUGUGACUACACUCCCAACUCAACUUCAAAGUUGCAAUCCGCGCACGAGUCGUGAGAGAUGUCUAACUACGAAAGCCGGACAAACUAAACGCACAAAUAUGGCAGAAAACAGUGCUAAAUCCGAAACUGUGAAGUCCAGAAAGGAGCGUAGAAUGCAAUGGUGGAGUGAGCAUCAGCCACAGCAGAAUGAACAAGAUAAACAAGGUGAUUCCACAGGAUCAAGUUCAGCAGCUGUGAAGCCUCCAGUAAAAACAGAGAGUGUGGAUGCCCUGGAAACCCAGGGGAAGAAGUCAGGAAAGACCUCAGGAAAAACCUCAACCAAGAAGUUUUAUGUGCUCUUUGUUGGUCAGAUUCCAUACAGUGCUACAACAGAGGAUAUAACCAAACACUUCUCUAAAGCUGGUGAAUUGAAGUCUGUGAGGUUAGCAACACACAAAGACACUGGUAAAUCUAGAGGAUUUGGCUACAUUGAAUUUAAAAACAACAAAUCAUACAUGAGUGCGUUAGCAAUGCAUUUGAGUAAACUUCACGGGAGACCCAUCAACGUUGAGAUCACCUCUCCAGGACGUGGUACCAGUCUCUUCAGGAAGGAAAACCUGAAGCGUAAGAACGAGGAGAUGGCUCGUUUUCGUGGACUCAAGGAAGGAGACGCUGCAGGUGGCGCUAUGUGCAUACCAUCGUCCAAACCACACCCUGGUAACAAGAAACAGAAGUUCAAUAAAGGCAAGAGGUGACCUUUGAAACGGUGUCGUCAUGGACAAUAGACUCUAUUUGGAAGAAUCAUUGUGGAGUUACGACCUGAGCUGUCAUGGCUUAAGCUGCAUGGUCAUGAAAAUGAUAUUGGAAUUAUCUGCACAUUGAAACUUCAAUGAAUAGCCAAUAUUGGCUAUUGCUUCAGGAAAUAUUUUAAAGAAUGGGGAAUAUUAAUGUUUCAGACAUAAAAUUGAAGUAAAGCAACAUGGCGUAGAACAAAGACAUUAUAAAAAAAGGCUCUGACCCAUUUCUAGAUGAAACCAUAUUGUGCAAAUUUUUUAGAGAUUUAAAAAUCAAAUGAUUCUUUCAGGAAAAUAACUAUUAGAAUACUAAUGUCAACAUCAGAAUUAAUGGCAAGCAGUUAAUAUACAGUGAUGGCCGAAUAUGCGGGAAACCAGUGUGUUGGCUCAGUUGGUAGAGCGUCUGUCUCACAACCAGGAGGUCGGGAAUUUAAAUCCCGGUCGCGUCAGACCAAAAGAUGUUUAAGUAUGUGCUGCUACCCUGUUUGCCGUUUAAUGAUUAAAGGGAUAGAGCCUCAUCGAUAUGGCUGCACAGCAGCUGCCGGGCUCAUGAUUAAUUGGGCAAAGCAAAUUUUCAGAGUAUUUCAUUUCAUGUCUAUUUAAAAAAAUAAAAAUUGGGAUGGAUUUUUUUUUUAAGCGUAGUGAAUGGUUCAAUUAUUUUUAUGUUCUAAAAUGAAUUUGCUUUAAUACAUGUGAAGAGGAAUAAAAUAUUAAAAAUCAUCAAUUAAGUUUUAAUACGACCAUUCAGAACUUUGGACAGGAGUUUGCUCCGUAUUUUUAUCUUCUCAUCAAUUGAUAUGUUUAAUUCCAAAUUUGGAUUGUUGACCAAUCAUAAGGGGUGUUGGCUUCAAUCUAACUCUCCAGGGUCAAAGGGGAAGGGUCACAUUCAGUGGUCAAUCCUAAAAAAACUCCUUCUGAGUCUCUCUUCCAAUUCAUCAUUGUCCAGUGGCAGGCCAAGCGGGGUAGGACACAACACCAUUACAGGAGUAGUAUUUUUUGUAAAGAAUAGUCAGCCCCUCAAAAUCUAUUGUGUCUCAGCCGUCUGGAUCUACCCCAUGAUGUGUUUAUCUCGGCCAAAGCUGCAGAAAAUAUUGAAUGUGAUCAUUGUUUGAUAUUUAUUGAUCAUGGUGGACAUUGUAAUAACUGAUCGUGAUAGUAGGGCUGGUGAAAUUCAAAUCUUGCUAUCAUACAUUACUUGAAGCUUGAUACAAAAUACAUAUAUUGGGAUUCCAGUUCAUGUGUAACAAAGUGUGUUUACCUUCUGGGGGUGUUUCACAUAGAUUUAUGUUUGACUAAUAUUCCUACUUAAAUGUGAACUGAUCAAUGCGGUGAUGCGAUAUACCAGUAUACAACACAUAACUGGGACUGCAUUUUUCAGUCAGACUUAAAUCUUUGUAAAGCACUCCUUAAAUAUCAAAAGUUUUAAGAUUCUUUGCCAGUGUCAAGCCGAGGGUGAAAUGUGGGUCAACUUGGGAGAUUCCAUGGAACAGUGAUUUUCACCCACUAUUGUUAUAAGCUAGCAAAAUCCUUGCAUUUGAUUGGUUCAAAGCAAAUUUGUUGGUGAAUAUGACUAUUUGUUUCAUGGAAAAAACUCCCUAGGUCUCUAAGCAGAGUUUACAAGCAUCAAUAUUUAAUUUCCAUGAAAAGUGAUGGACAAAUCACAACAUGUAACUAUUUUGUAGAAUUCUACUGAACUCAUUCGAGUUGUUGAUUACCAUUCAUGGCUAUUAAACAUUCUUGUGAAUAAUUUGUGAUCUAUCUGUUGAACCAUGUUUCAUGAUAUCUCUAAUCGAUUACGUGAUGUGAUUUACCAGAUGCUACACCAUUCAAAUUAUGUUGCUCGAAAUCCCAUUAAAAAAAUU